GCCAAUGCAGCCGCCAUCCACGCACAAGCAAAGAAACAUGUCCCAUUUAAAUACACCCACGCAGCCCCAGCGCCCUUAGCCGAUCGGGGCGCGCAGCCCACACGCACCGAGGCUCCCGGCUGGCUUGCAGAUCCGCUUCAGGUUGGGCUCCGGGACCCCGGCGGACCCACGCUCCGAGGACCGGGAUCCGAGUCCUCGGGCUGGGGAGGGGAGAGGCCCGCGAGGGCGGGGAGGGCUGGGCCCCGGGGCCUCUCGAGCGGACACCCGCAUGAGGACGCGAGCGCGGUAGACCAAGGUGGAAUUUCCAAGGGAGAAGCAGCUUCGGGGUGAUUUUUGGUCCAUUUCUCCGGAGACGAAGUAGACAUGGCGAGCGACUCCCCGGCUCGCAGCCUGGAUGAAAUAGAUCUCUCGGCCCUGAGGGACCCUGCAGGGAUCUUUGAAUUGGUGGAACUUGUUGGAAAUGGAACCUAUGGGCAAGUUUAUAAGGGUCGUCAUGUCAAAACGGGCCAGCUGGCAGCCAUUAAGGUCAUGGAUGUCACAGGGGAUGAAGAGGAAGAAAUCAAACAAGAAAUUAACAUGUUGAAGAAAUAUUCUCAUCACAGGAAUAUUGCAACAUACUAUGGUGCUUUUAUCAAAAAGAACCCUCCAGGCAUGGAUGACCAACUAUGGUUGGUGAUGGAGUUCUGUGGUGCUGGCUCUGUCACUGACCUGAUCAAGAACACAAAAGGCAACACGUUGAAGGAAGAGUGGAUUGCCUACAUCUGCAGGGAGAUUUUACGGGGGCUGAGUCACCUACACCAGCAUAAAGUAAUUCACCGAGACAUUAAAGGGCAGAAUGUCCUGCUGACUGAAAAUGCCGAAGUUAAACUAGUGGACUUUGGAGUCAGUGCCCAGCUAGAUCGAACAGUGGGCAGGAGGAACACUUUCAUUGGGACACCCUACUGGAUGGCACCAGAAGUCAUUGCUUGUGAUGAAAACCCAGAUGCCACAUAUGAUUUCAAGAGUGACUUGUGGUCCUUGGGGAUCACCGCCAUUGAGAUGGCAGAAGGAGCUCCGCCUCUCUGUGACAUGCAUCCCAUGAGAGCCCUGUUCCUCAUACCCCGGAACCCAGCGCCUCGGCUCAAGUCUAAGAAGUGGUCAAAAAAAUUCCAGUCAUUUAUUGAGAGCUGCUUGGUAAAGAAUCACAGCCAGCGGCCAGCAACAGAACAGUUGAUGAAACACCCAUUCAUCCGAGAGCAACCGAACGAGAGACAGGUCCGCAUCCAGCUGAAGGACCACAUUGACAGAACAAAGAAGAAGAGAGGAGAAAAAGAUGAGACUGAGUAUGAGUACAGCGGAAGUGAGGAGGAAGAGGAAGAGAAUGACUCCGGGGAACCCAGCUCCAUUCUGAACCUGCCGGGGGAGUCCACGCUGCGACGGGACUUCCUGAGGCUGCAGCUGGCCAACAAGGAGCGCUCGGAGGCCCUGCGGAGGCAGCAGCUGGAGCAGCAGCAGCGCGAGAACGAGGAACACAAGAGGCAGCUGCUGGCCGAGCGCCAGAAGCGCAUCGAGGAGCAGAAAGAGCAGCGGAGGCGGCUGGAGGAGCAACAGAGGCGCGAGAAGGAGCUGCGGAAGCAGCAGGAACGGGAGCAGCGCAGGCACUACGAGGAGCAGAUGCGCCGCGAGGAGGAGCGGCGGCGCGCCGAGCAGGAGCAGGAGUACAUCAGGCGACAGUUAGAGGAGGAGCAAAGGCAGUUAGAGAUCUUGCAGCAGCAGCUCCUGCAUGAACAAGCCCUACUUCUGGAAUAUAAGCGCAAACAAUUGGAAGAACAGAGACAAGCAGAACGGCUACAGAGACAGCUAAAGCAAGAGCGAGACUAUUUGGUUUCCCUCCAGCAUCAGCGACAAGAGCAGAGGCCCUUGGAGAAGAAACCACUGUACCAUUACAAGGAGGGGAUGAGCCCCAGCGAGAAGCCAGCAUGGGCCAAGGAGGUAGAAGAACGGUCAAGACUCAACCGGCAGAGUUCACCUGCCAUGCCUCACAAGGUUGCCAACAGGAUAUCUGACCCCAACCUGCCCCCAAGGUCCGAGUCCUUCAGCAUUAGUGGGGUUCAGCCUGCUCGGACACCCCCAAUGCUUAGACCUGUUGACCCCCAGAUCCCUCAGCUGGUAGCCGUGAAAUCCCAGGGACCUGCCCUGACCGCCUCCCAGUCAGUACACGAGCAGCCCACUAAGGGCCUGUCUGGGUUCCAGGAGUCUCUGAACGUGACCUCUCACCGCGUGGAGAUGCCACGCCAGAACUCAGACCCCACCUCGGAAAACCCUCCUCUCCCCACUCGUAUUGAGAAGUUUGACCGAAGUUCUUGGUUACGACAGGAAGAAGACAUUCCACCAAAGGUGCCUCAAAGAACAACUUCUAUAUCCCCAGCAUUAGCCAGAAAGAAUUCUCCUGGGAAUGGUAGUGCUCUGGGACCCAGACUAGGAUCUCAACCCAUCAGAGCAAGCAACCCUGAUCUCCGAAGAACUGAGCCCGUCUUGGAGAGCCCUUUGCAGAGGACCAGCAGUGGCAGUUCCUCCAGCUCCAGCACUCCCAGCUCCCAGCCCAGCUCCCAGGGAGGCUCCCAGCCAGGGUCGCAAGCAGGAUCCAGUGAAAGAACCAGAGUUCGUGCCAACAGUAAGUCAGAAGGAUCACCCGUGCUCCCCCACGAGCCUUCCAAGGGGAAACCCGAAGAAUCCAGGGACAUUACCCGGCCUAGUCGACCAGCUAGCUAUAAGAAAGCUAUAGAUGAGGAUCUGACGGCAUUAGCCAAAGAAUUAAGAGAACUCCGUAUUGAAGAAACAAACCGUCCACUGAAGAAAGUGACUGAUUAUUCCUCCUCCAGUGAGGAAUCAGAAAGUAGUGAGGAAGAGGAGGAAGAUGGAGAGAGCGAGACCCAUGAUGGGACUGUGGCUGUCAGUGACAUACCCAGACUGAUACCAACAGGAGCCCCAGCGAGCAAUGAGCAAUACAACAUGGGAAUGGUCGGGACACAUGGGCUGGAGACCUCACACGCAGAUGCUUUCAGCAGCAGUAUUUCCAGAGAAGGAACCUUGAUGAUUAGAGAGACCACUGGAGAGAAGAAGCGAUCUGGCCACAGUGACAGUAAUGGCUUCGCUGGCCACAUCAACCUUCCAGACCUUGUGCAGCAGAGCCAUUCACCAGCUGGGACCCCAAUCGAGGGCCUGGGGCAUGUAUCUACUCAUUCCCAAGAGAUGGACUCUGGAACUGAAUAUGGCAUGGGGAGCAGCACCAAAGCCUCCUUCACUCCCUUUGUGGAUCCCAGAGUGUAUCAGACAUCUCCCACUGAUGAAGAUGAAGAGGAUGAAGAGUCAACAGCUGCCGCUCUGUUUACUAGUGAACUUCUUAGGCAAGAACAGGCCAAACUAAAUGAAGCAAGGAAGAUUUCAGUGGUAAAUGUAAACCCAACGAACAUCCGUCCUCAUAGUGAUACACCAGAAAUCAGAAAGUACAAGAAACGAUUCAAUUCAGAAAUACUUUGUGCAGCUCUGUGGGGUGUAAACCUUCUGGUGGGAACUGAAAAUGGACUGAUGCUUUUGGACAGAAGUGGGCAAGGUAAAGUCUAUAACCUCAUCAACCGGAGGCGAUUCCAGCAGAUGGACGUGCUAGAAGGAUUAAAUGUUCUUGUGACAAUAUCAGGAAAGAAGAAUAAACUACGAGUUUACUAUCUUUCAUGGUUAAGAAACAGAAUACUGCACAAUGACCCAGAAGUGGAAAAGAAGCAAGGCUGGAUUACAGUUGGAGACUUGGAGGGCUGUAUACAUUACAAAGUUGUUAAAUAUGAGAGGAUCAAAUUCUUGGUGAUUGCCUUAAAGAAUGCCGUGGAAAUAUAUGCCUGGGCUCCUAAGCCCUAUCACAAGUUCAUGGCAUUUAAGUCUUUUUCAGAUCUUCAGCAUAAACCUCUGCUAGUUGAUCUCACGGUAGAAGAAGGUCAAAGGUUAAAAGUUAUCUUUGGUUCACACACUGGUUUCCAUGUAAUUGAUGUUGAUUCAGGAAACUCUUAUGAUAUCUACAUACCAUCUCAUAUUCAGGGCAAUAUCACUCCUCAUGCUAUUGUCAUCUUGCCUAAAACAGAUGGGAUGGAAAUGCUCGUUUGCUAUGAGGAUGAGGGGGUGUAUGUGAAUACCUACGGCCGGAUCACUAAGGAUGUGGUGCUCCAAUGGGGAGAAAUGCCCACGUCUGUGGCCUACAUUCAUUCCAAUCAGAUAAUGGGCUGGGGCGAGAAAGCUAUUGAGAUCCGGUCAGUGGAAACAGGACAUUUGGAUGGAGUAUUUAUGCAUAAGCGAGCUCAAAGGUUAAAGUUUCUAUGUGAAAGAAAUGAUAAGGUAUUUUUUGCAUCCGUACGAUCUGGAGGAAGUAGCCAAGUGUUUUUCAUGACCCUCAACAGAAAUUCCAUGAUGAACUGGUAACGGAAGAGCACUUGGCACUUAUCUUCAUGGCGUUCUUUCUAAUGUAAAAGAACAUAACUCGUGUGGACUUACGCCAGUCUAGAGGCACAACCCGAAGGCCACUUUCCCUUUUUCCUCUCCCUCCACCCCUCCCGAUACAGUCCCUCUUUCAGUGUUGCAGCCUGGUUGAGAAGGAGAGAAAGAGAUGGCAGGAAUGUCCGGGAGAUCCCCAAGGAUGCUGCAUUGUCUGUGGAUGGAGACGGACCUUGUGCUCUUCGGAGUUAGGGUUAGAAGCAAAUAUUGUGUGCUGUUAUGAUUAAGCUGUGUUUUUGGUGGCUUUUACAUUUGGGAAGUUUUUGGUUUUUUAGGAUUUUUUUUUUCAUUUUUUUCUUUACCCCCUUACUUUGUAAGAAUGGGGAAAGAAUGUAUACUCAGAAAAUUUGUAUUUUCCUUUUUUUUCCUGUAAUUCUGUCUGCCUGCUACCUUUAAGUAUAUGGUAUGUUGUAACUGUUCAAUGGUGACAGACAGCACAAUAGAUGUACCUUAUCUCCUUACGCUAAAGGCCGUAAUCGCAGAGCGGGAUAAUUUAAGAAUUCUCUUGCCUUCACCAACCCAGAGGUUGCCUUUGGAUAGCAACUGGCUAAUAAGUUUUUAAGAGAGAAGAAAAACACUUGUUUUCCCCUCUUUUGGGAAGUAGAUUUUAAAUGGCUAACUGCUAGCCUUAACCUAAUAAAAAUCAACUACCACGUUUGUGAGUCUGACAGGUCAUAUUUGGAUAUGACCCUUUCUAGAACAGAGUAUGCUGAAUGGGCCAGAAAUGCCAGUGAGUGGAGCGGACCUAGUGACUGAGGAAGGGCUCUGACAUGCAACUUUCCCUCGGCUCUUAUGCAACAGAUCAGGGUAAAAGAUGAGAAGGCAAAUGAGGUCAGACAGAAGGAGCUGAGAAACAAGCUUUUAUGUCUAUGUAAAUACACACACAUCCUUUUUUAAAUGCACAAGGCCUAUAGCUAAGAGGUCACUUGAUUUGGGCUUCAUUAGAACUGGGUUCUUUCUGAGAACUGGGAGUGCAUGAUAUGCAAGCUGUAGACAUUCCUGGCUCUCUUCUGAGGGUGUGCCACUCUCUCAAGAUGAAACUGUGACUGAGAAGAACUAAUAGUAAAUGUUUCUGAGCUGCCUGUGUUCUUCCUGGGUCAGGGAAUUGAACUCCCAAGCCUGUCUCAGACACAGCAGGCAUCAUAGCUCAGAUUUUUAGGGAACUUGAAAGCAAGGCUUUGGCCAAAAUCCUAAGACCCUGAUCACUAUACCUUCCUUCAAAUUUCCCAACAUAUGGUAAACAACAUCUGUGCAGCGAUACGUAUGUAUUUAGUUCAGGUUGGCUGUGUUCUUAUAAACUCUUACUCGGAUGAUUUGAACCUCCAAGUGACUGUCUGGGAUUUUUUUUUUUUCCAAAGCUACAAGCAUGGCCGCCUGUGGUAUCAAGGUGUUGCAAAACAAUAUCUGUGUUGCGCUUCCUGUUUUAACCUACCUCGUUCUGUUUGGUUUUGUUUCACUGUUCAUCACAGCAGUGUUAGCUCCAGGAGACAUAUAGAGAGCUCAACUGGCAAUCUCAGGCUUAUUGACUAUUUUCAAAACAAACAGUAGUUGACCAAAUUGUUCUUUUAAAAUUGAAGGGGGAAAAAAAAUCCAAUGAUAAAAGCUAAUGUGGCUUGCUUUUGGAGAAAGCAAUUACUGUAAAUGGAUCAAAAAAGGAAAUAAAAAUGUGUGAUCCUACUGAUUUUGCCUAAAUAAAUGAGCAGCUGAUGUACUAUUAAUGAGAACGAAACACACAUUAGGAAAACAGUAUCUUUUUAAUCUGGUAGUUUUUCCAAGGGGGUGGAAAAGGGAAAAUAUUCUGGAGUGAGGUGAUGAUGCCCCCCACAAUGGUGGCUGUCAUUAGCAGUUAUUUUAAGCAGGUAAUACAGGAAUACAGCCGAGGAUAAUCUUCAGAUGAUUACCAAGAUGUCCUCAUCAUGGUCCCUUUAGUUCUCAAAAGCAAUGAAAUCCCCCCCCGUUCUCAUUUUUACUGCUGUGGUUAUGCUGCCAAACAAUAUUGUUUUCACAAAUUCCAUGCAACAAUUUCAGCAAUAACUUGGGAUUGAACUUAACAACUACUGUCAUUGGAUGCAUUGACUUGGGUCUUGUCCUCGAAUGUGAUUGCCACCAGCUCUUUAUAUUGCUGCUGUGGUAUUUUAAACCAGAAGCUUCUUUAAAUUAUGUUGCAAACUGAUCUCUGUUUUUUUUAUGUUUUGUUUUGUUUUUAAUUCUAAGUGAUAAGUUUGAAACACACAGCUUUAAAUGAUUUUUUUUAUUGUGGGAUUUUGGGUACAGUUAAGAAAUAAAAGGGAUUCAUUGUGUUUAAACAUAAGGUAGUUUGUGAAUGUAUUUUUUAAAAUCUAGAUUCAUUGAAACAAAAAAUCAUAAGGAAACAUAUUAAUGCAGUCUUGUUUACAGUAUGUACAGUGACAUAACACCGAACAUGAGCUUUUUCUGGUGCCAAGAAAAAUAAAACACAGACAUUAAACAUCAA